AUGAGUGCAUUGUCUCAGGAGGAGGCGAAGAUCAUUAGUGAUCUGUCACAAAGUCAUGUGCCGCCCAAGAAGAUUUUGGCUAACUUGAGACAAAAUGGUUUGGGCCUCGAUGCUUAUUCAAAACAAAUAUACAAUCAGAAGGCGAAAUUGAAAAGACUAUCUAGGGGUGACCGUACAGUGAUGCAACAUUUGAUUGGGUUGCUUGAGGAGCAUAACUAUUACAAGUGGUUCCGCACUGAUGAAACUACACAUGCAGUUACUGAUUUGAUGUGGGCUCACCCUCAAUCUGUGGAAUUGUUAAGUAAGUUUCCGUACGUAUUACUACUUGACAGUACUUACAAAACAAAUCAGUACAAAUUGCCUUUGUUGGAGAUUGUUGGUGUUAUUCCUGUCGGGAAAAAUUUUACUGUUGCAGUCGCAUUUUUGCGCCAUGAAAAUGAAGACCAUUACACAUGGGUGUUGCAAAAGCUGAAGAGACUUUUCCCCCCUCAGACUCUACCUAGUGCCAUCGUGACGGAUCGAGAGUUAGGGCUCAUAAAGGCGCUAGAGAAUGUAUUUCCGACCGUACCUCAUCUCUUAUGUCUUUGGCACAUUAACAUGAAUGUGGGGCGUCGUGCUUCAAGAUGUCUCGGCAAUAGUAGGCGUCGCGGCACGGCUUUUGUAGUUGGCGUGUGGCAAACUUUGGUAAAAUCAGUGUCUGAAGAAGAUUUCGCCAGGAAUUACACAGCUUUGACGGACGAGUACGCGAAUUAUCCAGAUUUGAUUGAGUAUCUCCAAUACACUUGGCUCGUAUACAAAGAGAAAUUUGUAAAAGCAUGGACGGAUCUAAUUUUCCAUUUGGGUAAUACAUCGACAAGCAGGGUGGAGAGCAACCAUAGAGCAUUGAAGAGAUGGUUGGAAUCGUCCACGGGUGGCUUCGACACAUUUUGGGCACAGUAUCACUCAAUGAUGAAAGAUCAAUUUAACGAGAUACUAGCCGAUUUUGCAAAAUCAAAGAGGAUUCGGGCCCAGACGAUCAACGUGCCCGUAUUUAAAAUAUUGUCCAGUGGAAUUGUAACACAUAAUGCUCUGCAGAUGUUGGACGAUGAGAAGGAUGAAGACAUAGACGGUUGCGUCUGUUAUAUGAGGAAAUGUCUUGGACUCCCAUGCAGACAUGAAAUUCGUGCAAAGAUGAAUGCACGACGUGGUGUGUUUUAUGCAGAGGAUGUCCACAUUUUUUGGAGGACAUUUAUUUCGGGAUUCGGGGAUUCCCUAGAUGAAAGUGUUGGUUCUGUUCCCGACCACAGGUCACAGGCUAUUGGCAGGCUAGAAGGGUUAAUGAAUGAUUUGCGUGAGCGGUCAGAAAUUGAGAUCACGGACGUGACAGAUGCCAUUUUUGAACGAAUGCAUCCCGGGGCCAUGGAAAUGAAUGCGCCACAAGUACUAGACUGCCCGAGAGGUAGACCGCGGACGAACUCUACACUUCAUUUCUGCCUUGUUCCGGAGGUUGUGACGUGGACGGACGUUCAAGGGGAUGGUAAUUGUGGUUAUCGAAGCGUCGCGUGUGCAGUGAAGAACCACGAGGAUGAUUGGAUGGAUGUUAGAAUGGAUGUUUAUAACUGUAUUAAAACACACGAAGAGUUCUUCAAGGAUUAUUUCGGUGGUGGUAAUUUAGUGUAUCGGGUAUUGGCGAGUGUCGCUUAUUGGGACAACGCCCCAGCACCCUAUGAGAAGUGGAUGACUAUCACGGACGUGGGCGUGGUUGUGGCAACAUAUUACAACGCGUUGGUCUUGUCGGCUAGCAGCUUGGGCAAUCAGACUUAUUUACCACUUUGGGCUCCCGAAGGUGUUUCACAGUUAUCUUACGAGAUGACUAUACUAUUUCUUGAAUCAGGAAGCCACUUUGUGUACGUGAAGAUGAAUGACAAUUGUCCGCUUCCUCCGUUUGAUAGACAGUGGGCGAGGUAUAGCAACAAUAGUGUUGCAUAUCUACCAGAGGCGUUGCGGAGUCGACGUGAAAUGUGGGAUAUUCUUAAUAGUGUUUGA